GCGAGCUCUGUCGGCCCCCACAGGUCCCGCCCCACUCCGAGGGCUGGGCGCCCCAUAUCCGGGUUCCCGGCGCCGCAGCCGUCGCUGCGCUCAUUCAGCUUUGCCCAGAUCCGUGGGAUUCCCGACAAAGAUGGCGGCCGUGGCGCGAGUCGGCUCCUUCGGUUCCUCCCCGCCGGGAUUAGCCUCGGUUUACGCAAGCGGACCCUUGGCCAACGAACUAACGUCGGGCAAUGGCGGAGCCGCUGUAGGCGACGACGAUGACGGGCAGAACCUUUGGUCCUGCAUCCUCAGCGAGGUCUCCACCCGCUCGCGCUCCAAGCUCCCCGCGGGGAAAAACGUACUGCUGCUGGGUGAAGAUGGAGCUGGAAAAACAAGCUUAAUAAGAAAACUUCAAGGAAUAGAGGAGUAUAAGAAAGGAAGAGGAUUGGAAUAUUUGUACUUAAAUGUUCAUGAUGAAGACAGGGAUGAUCAAACAAGAUGUAACGUAUGGAUCUUAGAUGGGGACCUGUAUCACAAAGGCCUCCUGAAAUUUUCACUGGAUGCCAUUUCUCUGAAAGAUACUCUGGUUAUGCUGGUUGUUGACAUGUCGAAGCCUUGGACUGCAUUGGAUUCUUUACAGAAAUGGGCAAGUGUUGUGAGAGAACAUAUUGACAAAUUGAAAAUUCUGCCUGAAGAAAUGAAAGAAAUGGAACAGAAGUUGACUAGAGACUUCCAAGAAUAUGUAGAGCCAGGAGAAGAUUUCCCAGCUUCUCCUCAGAGAAGAAAUACUGUGUCACAAGAAGACAAAGAUGACAGUGUGGUUUUACCUCUGGGUGCGGAUACUCUUACACAUAACUUGGGCAUUCCAGUACUAGUAGUUUGCACAAAGUGUGAUGCCAUUAGUGUAUUGGAGAAAGAACAUGACUACAGAGAUGAACAUUUUGAUUUUAUUCAGUCACAUAUUCGAAAGUUUUGUUUACAGUAUGGUGCGGCUCUUAUUUAUACUUCAGUAAAAGAAAACAAAAAUAUAGAUUUAGUGUAUAAAUACAUCAUCCAGAAACUAUAUGGAUUUCCCUAUAAGAUUCCUGCUGUUGUUGUGGAAAAAGAUGCAGUAUUUAUUCCAGCAGGGUGGGAUAAUGAUAAGAAAAUAGGAAUAUUGCAUGAAAAUUUUCAAACAUUAAAAGCGGAAGAUAAUUUUGAAGACACUAUAACUAAGCCGCCCGUCCGAAAGUUUGUGCAUGAGAAGGAAAUUAUGGCAGAAGAUGACCAAGUGUUUCUUAUGAAGCUGCAGUCCCUUUUAGCAAAGCAGCCACCAACUGCCGCUGGAAGGCCUGUGGAUGCCUCACCAAGAGUCCCAGGAGGCUCUCCGCGAACACCAAAUAGGUCUGUGUCAUCCAAUGUUGCCAGUGUGUCACCCAUCCCUGCUGGGUCAAAAAAAAUGGAUCCAAACAUGAAAGUUGGAGCUACAAGUGAAGGUGUCCUGGCAAAUUUCUUCAAUAGUCUGCUGAGUAAAAAGACUGGUUCUCCAGGAGGCCCCGGUGUUGGUGGUGGUAGCCCUGGAGGUGGGGCUGGAGCUGGAAGCGGUGGUUUACCACCGUCUGCCAAAAAGUCAGGCCAGAAGCCUGUCCUAUCAGAUGUUCAUGCAGAACUAGACAGAAUUGCACGAAAACCAGUUACAGUUUCUCCUACAACACCUACAUCUCCUACAGAAGGAGAAGCUUCUUGAGGAUACCAAAUAAAGCCAUUUAUUCAGUCUUCAGGAUAAUGUAAACUUGCCCCUGCCUUCUCCUUCAAAAGUGGAAUUAUGGAGCUGGAGUGCUGCUUCAGAGGGACUAAUUUUUUUUUUUUUUUUGUGGUUGUUCAUUUUUACAAAAGGGAACUAUA